AUGGAGAACGGGGAGCUGUCCGUUAUCCUGACUUCGGAUGAGAUGAUAUCAGACAUCCGGGACGCCUCAACUCGAUGCAAGGCAUUAUUACACGGUCUGUCAAAGGACGGCAACACCAACGCCGCUGAGGCAAGAGAGGAAAUGGCGAGCUUUAAUAUAUGGGUUGCGGAUAUGGAAAAGAUCUCCAAAGGAGAGGGUGAUGAAGAAGAGAGCCAACACGACAGCAAAUCCGAUUGCUCUUCAGAUCGGUCCUCCUCUCCGUGCAAGCUACUCUCAUCAUCAUCUGAAGAAUCUGAAGACGACGAAGUACCAGGCCCCUGGACUUCUGUUCAGACCCUCAUGACCACUCUUCGUCAGAUGGCCGUCAUGGUUCGUCGAGUUGGAAAUGAUCAUCGCCAGGAACGAACUGAAAAGUUCAAGAAUCUGCCUCGCAACGAAGAACUGUAUGAGUCGUUUGAGAAAUGUGCAAAGCAAAAGGUCGAUCAUCUCUUUCCCAAAGCUAGUGCAGCACUCCAGAAGCGCAUAGCUCAGGUAAUUGCAAGACGCCAAAUCUGGUUUGUUUGUCUCGAAGAGCAUCAACAGAAGACUUCAAGACGAGGUGAACCGGUGCCAGCGUUGCAACAAAAAGAGCCGGAGUCCAUGGAAGAGAAGAGCGCUCAAGAAACAUUGCCGAUUGAGCAUCAAAGAACGACGGACGGUAUGGCUCCCUUCACACGUAAAUGGAACCCCAACGCCCAACCAAGCGUGACACAGUCAGUCACGAUGAUGACUACUACCGAGCCAGACACGGAAAAUCUUCAACCAUCCCAGAACGAGCGUGCGGCAUCCACCACAUCCGUGAAUGUUUCGACGGGAACUCUUUCCUCGAUGCCAAAUCUGGAACAAGCCAGUGGACCAAGAGAAUGGAGUAUCCACGACUUCGGGCCUUUCUUCUGCGUAAAUGAAACCUGUUCCUCACCGAUCAAUUGUGGCGAUACAUAUGAUGACUGGCUCGCGCAUAUGCGUAAGAGGCACACAAGACCAGAAUGGUAUUGCUGGUACUGUCAAGACUCCUCCUCUUCUGGAAACUUUUCGACUCCGGGAGAUUUAGAAAGCCACCUCACAGAUUUCCACGGAGAUGUUCUUUCCAAAGAACUUCGUCCUACCGCCGUCAAUCAUUCUAAGGUGUACGGUCAAACACUUUUUCAAGAGUGUCCCUUUUGCGGCGAAUUUCCAUCAGAAAUUGCCAAAGAAAACUUAGACCGAGAGGGCCGUGAGAUGUACGAAGCUUUGGAGAAACAUGUCGGGGAUCAUUUCGUCUCGGUGUCCUUGAUUCGGCUCCCAUUUAAAUCGGGAGAAGAGUUAGCCGGCGAAUAGGACGACACACAAUUGGAAGCCAAGAGAAAUGAUAGCAGCGACCAUGAAAUCGAUGGAAAGAGGUGGCAUCUAUGAAAGAAAAAGUUCGGACGAUGCCCGCAAUUGCGCAAAUAGUUCUGCCUUGGCCUGCUCAAGUGUUCAAUGUUGAGUUUUACGCGUGGUCAGCUUAUGUAUGUAC